AUGGGAGUCAGCAUAGACCCAGCCAAGAAAGAGAUGAAGGUAUUGAGGCCAUUCAAACCUGUCAACGUCUCAAAUGUCAAUGUGAAGCAAUGUGUAUGGUUUGCAAUGCAAGAGUACAACAAAAACAGUGAGGACAAAUACAUCUUCCUGGUGGUCAAGAUACCCCAUGCCCAGCUGCAGAUCACAGAUCGCCUAGAAUACCUAAUUGAUGUCAGAAUUGCUCGCAGCAAUUGCAGAAAACCCUUAAACAAUAGUGAACUCUGUGCCGUUGAAGAAAACUCUGAAAGGGAAAAGAACGUACAUUGCAGCUUUUUGGUAGGAGCACUUCCCUGGAAUGGAGAAUUCGAUGUGUUGAAGAAACAAUGUUUUGAUGUCUGA